AUGUCUGAAGCAUCGAGUGCUUCUUACCCAUCGUCCUUGGACGUUCUGUUUGAUGGGACGUCGCCGUUGAGGGAACAGUAUGACCCGGUCAAACUAGCACAUGCGGAGAUUGUCCCCAUCCUCCAACUUCCACUGGCUAGGGAAUUGUUGGGACACAACCCUACAGAUGCGAGUGCUAUCAGCCGUGUCUCCAACGGCGAGAUAUGCUAUACCACUUUUCUGGCUGAGAAGGCGAAGGCUACGGCUCAGAUGCCACUGGAUGGGCUUACUGCUGGGCAGCAACGGUCACAGAUCCUCCAUAUUGGUCUGGCGGCUCUGUUUAGCUUUAUGCAGUCCAAUAUUACAGGUCCUCCGUUGGAUUUUAAUUCUGCGGAUGUGAUAUUCCCUAAGGCUCUCCACUCAGAUGCCACCAAGCUCCGGGCUGCUCGCAAUCACAUCAUUCGUGAACUGUCUGUAGACGGAGAAGCUGCCUACAAGCUGACACCAAAUGUUGAGCUCUUUGCCGUUGCGAUGGCUCUUCUUGUUGAUGCUGACAUCCUCGUCGCUGACGGACCAUUGGUGGCGAGGACAGCAAGACUGCGUGUCAAUUUCCUUCAUCAGAAGAUGCUGUCUGAAGCUACUAGCACAUUGCAGGAUGCCAUAUAUAGCGACUUGGAAGAGUUGAACAGAAUUCUACUUGGUGAAAAGUCUGGGUUCUCUACCGCUCAAGAAAAAGGACGCUUCCUUGUGGAGAGGGCGACAAUCCACAGCCACCAUGGCUUUGACGCCAAGGCUCGGGCAGAUCUUGAGCAGGCUGCUGCAGUCAGGAAAUUUGAAUUUGCAUUGACUGGAAGACUGGGGAAAAGGACGAAGUUUCAAGAGCAUGAUAUCAGCCAGCUGGUCGUCUUGGCGAAGAGUGCUGAAGAACUGACGACCACUGGAAACUCUGCUCUCCCAGAAGACAAGGGGGAUACUUUCCAAGCGGGACCUAAGAACCUAGACCUUAACGAUGAUACACUUCUCGAAAGCAUAUCCUUCACCAAGGACACUCAGACAUCAAAAGACAAGUCGACGACAGUCCAGGAAGAAUCCACACUUCCCCCAGCUUUACAGUCUCUUGACCCCGGCAACCAACCACUGCUGGACCCUGUUGACUCUGCCAUUUUGCUGGGCUUGGCUUCCACAAUCACGAACACGUCGCCGGAAAACGGUCUGACUCGAGAAGAGACCCAUCCUUACGCUAUCCGUGUCCUUGAAGGGGGCAGCUCGAACUGGCAGGUAUACACUCAAGCUUUGUUGGUCCGAAGCCGUGUGGAAGGAUACCGAGCUCGAACUGUAGAAAGAUCUGUUCUGCAGAUGCAAGCGCUUGUUGACCAAUCUGCUUCGGCUGCGGAAAGACUAGAGUACAUCUGGCUCUUGAACUCCCCUACUCGGUGGAGUCUUGAAGCUGAGUUGGCCCAACGCUGGGUCAACCUUGGCGGUCUGCGGACUGCGCUGGAGAUUUACGAACGCCUGCAGAUGUGGGCGGAGGCCGCCCUAUGCUACGCUGCCACAGACAGAGAGGAGAAGGCCAAGCAUAUCGUCCGCAGACAGCUAUAUGAGCCUACGGGUCCGAACCCAGAUGACGAGAACGAGAAGUUCGACGGGCCGGAACUAUCUCCGCUGCCUGUUGAUGCCCCUCGCUUGCUCUGCAUCCUGGGUGACAUUGAUAGUGAUCCAACAAUGUACGAACGUGCAUGGGAGGUCUCAAACAACAGAUACGCACGCGCGCAGCGUUCAUUGGCCCGCCACUAUCUUUCGUUGAAGCCCCCUGCUCUCGAAAAGGCCGAGGAGGCAUACCGCAAGAGCCUCCACAUCAACCGUCUCAAUCACAGCGCAUGGUUUGCACUUGGUUGUGUACAGCUUGAACUUCAAAAAUGGGAGGACGCCAUUGAUUCAUUUACACGGACUGUGCAGCUCGAAGACACGGACGCCGAAGCAUGGAGUAACCUUGCUGCUGCUAUCCUGCGAACCCGCAAGCGCGAGGCUCUCGCUGCACUCCACCGCGCCGCUCAGCUCAAGCACACCGAUGCUCGCAUCUGGGACAACGUGCUUACCGUCGCAGCCUCGAUCCCUCCACCAGCUACACCAUUCCGCGAUGUGGUCACAGCCCAGAGACGGGUGAUUGAACUUCUCGGCUCAAAGAACGGAGAGAAGUGCGUUGAUAUACCUGUUCUCAGCAUGCUGAUUGAUCACGUCGUCGACACCUACAAUUACGACGACCUCCUGAUCAACCGCGUCGUCCGCAGUGGUACCAUCGCCGGUCAGAUCCUCUCCUUAGUGGACGAUUCCGUUGUGCCUCUCAUCACACACUCGGCUCCACUCUGGCUUCUCGUUGCCCGUGUAGAACACUUCCGUGGCCAGCCAUCCAAGGCCUUUGAGGCUCACGAGAAGGCCUGGCGGGCGUCCGUUGCCUCGUGCACACAGGGCGCGUUCCAAAUGGGCGAUGAGAAGAAGUGGAUGGAUGUUGUCCGUGCAACUGAGAGGUUGGUCCGUGAUGGAUAUGCCAAGUUUGGGCCUAUGGACAAAGAAGGCAAACAUGAAGGGGAGGCUGAGAUGGUUGCCAAGGACUGGCGAUUCAAGGCCCGCAGUGCUGUCAGGGGUAUUUUGGGUAAAGGAAAGGACUUUUGGGAGGGUUCCGAGGGCUGGAAUCGUCUGAAGGAGCUGCAGUCCGAAGUGGGAAGUUCUUAG